UGCUGGGCCAAGGGCCCUUCUCCAUCAGCAUCCUGCCUCCUGUCCCAGUCCGUGCUGCUUGCACUAGCCUGUCAUCAUUUAGGUCUGCUCCCAAGGCCACCCUUCCAGGCUGAACUUUCAGGGGCAGCUCCUCCCGGGACAAGGACCGAAGUGCUACAGUCAAUAGUUCUGUGCCCAUGCCUGCCGGAGGGAAGGGAAGUCGGCCCAGCUGCACUUCUGCACCCCAGAAGGUCCCCAACCGCCUGAUCAAUGAGAAGUCACCGUACCUCCAGCAACAUGCCUACAACCCCGUGGACUGGUACCCCUGGGGACAGGAAGCCUUUGACAAGGCCAAGAAAGAAAACAAGCCAAUUUUCCUCUCAGUGGGUUACUCCACUUGUCACUGGUGCCACAUGAUGGAAGAGGAAUCCUUCCAGAAUGAGGAGAUUAGCCGUUUGCUCAACGAGGAUUUUGUCAGCGUGAAGGUGGACCGGGAGGAGCGGCCGGAUGUGGACAAGGUGUACAUGACCUUCGUGCAGGCCACCAGCAGUGGUGGGGGCUGGCCCAUGAAUGUAUGGCUGACCCCCAACCUCCAGCCUUUCGUCGGGGGCACCUACUUCCCCCCUGAGGAUGGUUUGACCCGAGUGGGCUUCCGCACGGUGUUGCUGAGAAUCCGUGAACAGUGGAAACAGAACAAGAACACCCUGCUGGAAAACAGCCAGCGCGUCACCACAGCGCUGGUGGCCCGGUCUGAGAUCAGCAUUGGUGACCGACAGCUUCCACCUUCUGCAGCCACCAUGAGCAGCCGCUGUUUCCAGCAGCUGGAUGAAGGCUAUGAUGAAGAAUAUGGUGGCUUUGCUGAGGCUCCCAAGUUUCCCACACCUGUGAUCCUGAGUUUCCUGUUUUCCUAUUGGCUCAGCCACCGGCUGACCCAGGAUGGUUCUCGGGCCCAGCAGAUGGCCUUGCACACCCUGAAAAUGAUGGCAAAUGGGGGCAUCCGAGACCAUGUGGGACAGGGCUUUCACCGCUACUCCACCGACCGCCAGUGGCAAGUCCCCCACUUUGAGAAGAUGCUCUAUGACCAGGCACAGCUGGCAGUGGCCUAUUCUCAGGCCUUCCAGAUCUCUGGUGAUGAAUUCUACUCCGAAGUCGCCAAAGGCAUCCUACAGUAUGUGACCCGGAGCCUGAGCCACCGGUCUGGAGGUUUCUAUAGUGCUGAAGAUGCAGACUCGGCCCCAGAGCGCGGCAUGCGGCCCAGGGAGGGCGCCUUCUACGUGUGGACCACCAAAGAGGUCCAGCAGCUGCUCCCCGACUCUGUGCUGGGUGCCAGCGAGCCACUGACUUCAGGUCAGCUUCUCAUGAAGCACUAUGGACUCACCGAGGCAGGCAAUAUCAGCUCCACUCAGGACCCCAAGGGGGAGCUGCAUGGCCAGAACGUGCUGACGGUGCGCUAUUCCCUGGAGCUGACUGCGGCCCGCUUUGGCCUGGAUGUGGAGGCCGUGCAGACCUUGCUCAACACAGGCCUGGAGAAGAUCUUCCAGGCCCGGAAACAUCGGCCCAAGCCACACAUGGACAGCAAGAUGCUGGCUGCCUGGAAUGGUCUGAUGGUGUCUGGCUUUGCCGUGACCGGCGCUGUCCUGGGCUCGGACAGGUUUAUCAGCCAGGCCACCAGUGGUGCCAAGUUCCUCAAGAGGCACAUGUUUGAUGUGGCCAGUGGACGCCUAAAACGGACAUGCUAUGCUGGCACUGGAGGAACAGUGGAACACAGCACCCCACCCUGCUGGGGCUUCCUGGAGGACUAUGCCUUUGUGGUGAGGGGCCUGCUGGACCUGUAUGAGGCCUCACAUGAGAGCUCCUGGCUCGAGUGGGCUCUGCGUCUACAGGACACCCAGGACAGGCUCUUCUGGGAUGCCCAGGGUGGAGGCUACUUCUGCAGCGAGGCUGAGCUGGGGGCUGGCCUGCCCCUGCGGCUGAAGGAUGACCAAGAUGGAGCAGAGCCCAGUGCCAACUCCGUGUCUGCCCACAACCUGCUCCGGCUGCAUGGCCUCACGGGCCACAAGGACUGGAUGGACAAAUGCGUGUGCUUGUUGACCGCCUUUUCUGAACGCAUGCGCCGUGUCCCAGUGGCAUUGCCCGAGAUGGUCCGUGCCCUUUCAGCACAGCAGCAGACUCUCAAACAGAUUGUGAUCUGUGGAGACCCCCAGGCCAAGGACACCAAGGCCCUGAUACAAUGUGUCCACUCCAUCUAUACUCCUAACAAGGUGCUGAUUCUGGCAGAUGGGGACCCCUCAAGCUUCCUGUCCCGCCAGCUGCCAUUCCUGAACAGCUUGAGACGACUAGAAGACCGGGCCACAGCCUAUGUGUAUGAGAACCAAGCCUGCUCGAUGCCCAUCACUGAGCCCUGUGAACUACGAAAGCUACUGCACCAGUGACUUCCUGUCCCAAACCCCUUGAGCUGCCAGAAGGUGGAGCUUCCCAGCUGACCUCGGGCCCUGCAGGGCCGUGCUGAACCUGUGGCCGGCCCUGGGCACCCUGCCACCAGGUGACCAUGGCCAUCCUUCCAACUCCCCUAUGGACAUCUGCUCACCCUGGAAUAAACCUAACAACAUCCCGA